UUGUGAUUGGUCCUAAUUGCAUGAGGUGAUUCAGUUUGUUUUCGGAGAACAACAUAUUUAACCAUACUUCCCAGUUUUUCUAGUGUAUUAACCAGGACAAACUUUUAGGAUGGAUUGCAGUGACGCAAAAAAGAAGAGCUCUACUUGAAACGAUAGGAGAUGAACUAAUGCCUGAUGAAUUCUCUAUCAUAAAAUUUCUCUUAACUGGUGUGGUUCCGGAUGGAAAACUACAAAAAUGCACCACAGGUUCAGCAUUGCUUAUUGCAAUCGGUACAAACGGGAGUGACGAGCAAGUAAUAGAAGGUUUGGCAAGAGCUGGCAGAAAAGAUCUAGCUUUUAAAUAUAGCGAAGGUUGUAGCCACGAAGGAGGGCCUCUUGGUGAAAAAAUAACAAAAAAUCUUGAUGACCUGAAAAAGACAUAUCUAAAAGAAUUUAGGGUCAUUUUAGUGUGUAUAGCUGAUGAGCUUACAGAUGGGGAGGACCUGCAAAACCUCAAAGGCAUCACAACGGAUAUUCCAAAGAGAGCGCUAGGGAAUGCAGACACUGUCCUGGAUUUCUUAAGUUUACUCAUUAAGGAGAAGAAGCUGGAGCCUCACACUUUAGACACUGCCCUUUUAGACCCAUUACAACAUCUCCGGAUAACACACUGGGUGAAAAAGCAUUCAGGGAAAAUAUCCGAUUUUAAAGAAAGGCUUGCCUUACGUGCAGCAGAAGAAAGAGAAGGUUCAAGAGGCUUCCCUGUCACAGAAAAUGCACCAGAAUUGGCAGAGACACAAGAUUCCCAGAGCAGUGAGGAUGGAAAUGAAAGCCAAGAUCAACCUCCAGAAAAAGAACAAAAAGUGGCAGAAGUAGAACAUUCUCCGAAAAGUGAGGAGGAAAAAAAGAUUCCAGAAUAAUCUCCAGAAAAUGUAACUCAAAAGGCGGAAACUGAAGUUUCCAAGAACUGCAAAGAGAAAAGGGAAAGUCAAGAACAGCCCCCAGUAGUCCGGCAGAUUGGUGCAGAAAUCAGAAGAAUUAAAAAGGACAGAAUGGAUCGGAUACUGAAGAGGAGAGAGGUAGCAGGUCUGAUCCGGAUAAAGAAAAAGAACAAAAAGUGGCAGAAGUAGAACAUUCUCCGAAAAGUGAGGAGGAAAAAAAGAUUCCAGAACAAUCUCCAGAAAAUGUAACUCAAAAGGCGGAAACUGAAGAUUCCAAGAACUGCAAAGAAAAAAGGGAAAGUCAAGAACAGCCCCCAGAAAAAGGACAGAAUGGAUCGGAUACUGAAGAGGAGAGAGGUAGCAUGAGGGAUCCGGAUAAAGAAAAAGAACAAAAAGUGGCAGAAGUAGAACAUUCUCCGAAAAGUGAGGAGGAAAAAAAGAUUCCAGAACAAUCUCCAGAAAAUGUAACUCAAAAGGCGGAAACUGAAGAUUCCAAGAACUGCAAAGAGAAAAGGGAGAGUCAAGAACAGCCCCCAGAAAAAGGACAGAAUGGAUCGGAUACUGAAGAAGAGAGAGGUAGCAGGACGGAUCUGGAUGAAGCAGAAGAUGUAGUACCGGAACAUUCCUAUGCUGACAGAGCGAGAUCUGAUACAGCAUUUGACCAUAUAAACAUGAUGGGGUUUAUCGAUAGAAAACACAAAUUCAGUUCCUGGCCCAACCGUUCCUCAAUGAAAGUACCUGACACGACACCUGAACACUAUAAGGUUUCUCGACCAGUAGAAAAUGUCAGACUUGGAGAAUACAAAAUGACACGAACACCAAGAGGAAAGGCUGUGAUUUUUAACAUUGAGAACUUCCGCAAAUCCCAAAAUCAUGCCACAGAUGAGCCCAUAAAAGACCGAACAGGUUCUUCAAUUGACGCAGAUGGCCUCGUGAAGGUGUUUAAUCACUUGCAUUUCGACGUGGAACGCUUUGAUGAUUUUUCAUUCAAUGAGAUAAAUGGCAGACUCCGUAACCUUGGAGAGGAAACUGAUCAUGAUAAUGUCGAUUGCAUUGCAAUAUUCAUUCUAACGCAUGGGCAGAAUGGCAAAACUUUUAGAUGCAAAUGGGUCAGCGUUUGAGUUAGCAUUAUUUCGCAAGUACUUUCAUGCCAGCAAAUGUGUGACACUUGCUGGAAAACCGAAGAUGUUCUUCAUACAGGCUUGCCAAGGACCU